AUGGAAUCUGGAAGAAGGGGAUGGAAUCUGGGAGAAGGGGAUGGAAUCUGGGAGAAGGGAUGGAAUCUGGGAGAAGGGGAUGGAAUCUGGGAGAAGGGGAUGGAAUCAGGGAGAAGGGGAUGGAAUAUGGGAGAAGGGGAUGGAAUCUGGGAGAAGGGGAUGGAAUCGGCGAGAAGGGGAUGGAAUGAGGGAGAAGGGGAUGGAAUCUGGGAGAAGGGGAUGGAAUCUGGGAGAAAGGGAUGGAAUCUAGGAGAAGGGGAUGGAAUUGGAGAAGGGGAUGGAAUCGGGGAGAAGGGGAUGGAAUCUGGGAGAAGGGGAUCAUCCCCUUCUCCCAGAUUCCAUCCCCUUCUCCCCGAUUCCAUCCCCUUCUCCCACAUUCCAUCCCCUUCUCCUAGAUUCCAUCCCUUUCUCCCAGAUUCCAUCCCCUUCUCCCAGAUUCCAUCCCCUUCUCCCUCAUUCCAUCCCCUUCUCGCCGAUUCCAUCCCCUUCUCCCAGAUUCCAUCCCCUUCUCCCAUAUUCCAUCCCCUCUCCCUGAUUCCAUCCCUUCUCCCAGAUUCCAUCCCCUUCUCCCAGAUUCCAUCCCCUUCUCCCAGAUUCCAUCCCCUUCUCCCAGAUUCCAUCCCCUUCUUCCAGAUUCCAUACCCUUCCCCUAGAUUCCAUCCCUUCUCCCAGAUUCCAUCCCCUUCUCCCUCAUUCCAUCCCCUUCUCCCAUAUUCCAUCCCUUCUCCCACAUUCCAUACCCUUCUCCCAGAUUCCAUCCCCUUCUCCCAGAUUCCAUCCCCUUCUCCCAGAUUCCACCCCCUUCUCCCAGGUUCCAUCCCCUUCUCCCAGAUUCCAUCCCCUUCUCCCAGAUUCCAUCCUCUUCUGCUAGAUUCCAUCUACUUCUCCCAGAUUCCAUCCCCUUCUCCCAGAUUCCAUCCCCUUCUCCCAGAUUCCAUCCCCUUCUCCCAGAUUCCAUCCCCUUCUCCCAGAUUACCCCCUUCUCCCAGAUUCCAUCCCCUUCUCCCAGAUUCCAUCCCCUUCUCCCUCAUUCCAUCCCCUUCUCCCGAUUCCAUCCCCUUCUCCCAGAUUCCAUCCCCUUCUCCCAUAUUCCAUCCCUUCUCCCAGAUUCCAUCCCCUUCUCCCAGAUUCCAUCCCCUUCUCCCAGAUUCCAUCCCCUUCUCCAGAUUCCAUCCCCUUCUCCCCGAUUCCAUCCCCUUCUCCCAGAUUCCAUCCUCUUCUGCCAGAUUCUAUCCCCUUCUCCCAGAUUCCACCCCCUUCUCAAUGAUUCCAUCCCCUUCUCCCAGAUUCCAUCACCUUCUCUCAGAUUCCAUCCCCUUCUCCCCGAUUCCAUCCCCUUCUCCCAGAUUCCAUCCCCUUCUCCCAGAUUUCAUCCCCUUCUACCAGAUUCCACCCCCUUCUCCCAGAUUCCAUCCCCUUCUCCCAGAUUCCAUCCCUUCUCCCAGAUUCUAUCCCCUUCUUCCUGAUUCCAUCCCCUUCUCCUGA